AUGUCGGAUUCAGGCGUCGAGCAAGAAAUCAGAUCUGACGCAACGGUGAGUCUAAGGUUUUAAUCGGCGAUUUAAUAAGAAAAAACGCUUAGCUUUCGUUGAAAUGUAUUGUGGAAAUGUGUUCUGUACAGCACUGCGGAGAAAGACAGCUGAACGCGUUCGCUGGCCGCAGCAUGCAUCUGACACCAGACAUCUUACAGAUAUUCCGUUCGUUCGUUAGGUUGAUCCUAAGAAGAAAGGAAAACCGAGGAAAGGGAGGCCAAGGAAAGCACUCGUACAGGUUUGCCAUCUUUACCACCUUCACCGUCCGGUAGCUAUUUUGUGUUGUUUUGCUUUCAAUCGCGAUUCGCCGUCGCGUUGAAAAUGUAAAACGGUGCAUUUUAGUAUUAAAACUGGGUGACUUUGAUCUGUAUUUUUCCAGUUACACUAGCACGGGCGGCUCAGUUAGUAUUUUUGUUUUCUGUAUGAUUGUUAACAAUCGGAUGAUGUAAUUUAGCACAUGUAUACACAUGGUUUCGGUUUCAACUAAUAAACGCAAACCGCCUUUCCCGUUACUUAAUUUAAAGCCUAUAACAUCUUCAGAGAAUUACGCUCAAUAAAAUCAUUUGUUGUUUGCAUAGAAGAAUUUAAAAGUGGUAAAAAGGAGUAGUGACGGCCUUAAAUUAAACGAGCUGUUUGUUAGCUACGGAAUAUUAUUAUAAAUUCAAGUGACUUGGUAUAAUGUUUUUAGACAACUUCAGAGCACAGUUUAAUGAGGCCCUCCCAGGGGGGGGCCCAUGUUGCCCCUCUGAAUUUUAAAACGUCACGUGUCGGUGUUUAUAAAUGCUUGUCGCUUAUUUGUCGUCUUUGCCGUCACUGUCGCAAUUUGGCCAAGGGAGGUUGUCUCUUGUUGCCAUUUCAUUUUACGCGCUGACGCGCUGUCGCUACUUUUUGGGCCAUGUUGCUUGUCAGAAUGUUUUUUUUGGGGGAAUAAUUUGACUAGUAGGGUCACCUCAUUUACAUAUGCUUACUUACCAGUCAAUAAUACCUACUGAUUUCCUCGUAACUGCAUAAGUUGAUCUAGUCAGAGUUUUGUACCUGUUGAAUAUUUUUAAACACAGUCGAGGAGUCGAUUAGUACUAUUUUUUAUGCCAAUCGGUUCCUGACAGUUAAACCUCCCUACUAAUAAAUAAAGACAAAGCACAAAUAUUGAUGCUCAGCAAAGUGUCUGUACAUAGGAUGUGCUGUUUCAAAGAGGGUGCAUGACCCCAUGACCAGGUUUAUGUUAAAGCUCAGAACUGUUGGAUUUCCAUAAUUUGGAAAAUAAUGCUGCAUAAAAGUUAUGUAGUGUUAUUUUCUUACCAUAUACCAGACGUACGGUAACUUAUAGUUGUUGAUGACAUCAAUGAAAUCAAUGAGUAAUCAAUAGAUAAUUGAUGGGUAAUUAGUUGAUUAUUACGCAUUGAUUAUAUCCGUUAUUCAAUGAGUCAUCGACGGAUAAUCGAUAGGCCACAACAUUUUCAUUCAUUGAUUCAGUCAUUGAUUGAUUUUUUAUUUAUCGAUUUAAUCUCUUGGGUACGCAUUUAAAGCCACACCAAAUCGAAGAUAAAGAAACAGACUUCUUUUACAUAAAUAUCAUGAUACAAGCUUUAUUUAUUCAUGAUCUUUUACCCGGUAGACACUCUGCACUAGUGGGGUGCAGUUCUCAACAAAGACACAGACUCUCAUAGCCAAGGGAGUAAGAUAGAUAACUCAACCUUCAGAACAUUUCAUUUUUGAUGUUUCAGUUACUGUCAAUCCAUUAAAUAAAUUUGAUUUGCAGUUCUGUUUUCGUCGUGAUCUAUAUACAUUGGUUUUCUUCAUGCAAGUUCAAUUCCUAUUUGGCAAUUAUAUUAUGGUCAAGAACCAUUUAACGUAAAUUUUUAUUGCAGGAGAUAAGUUAAGAAAAAAAUUGCUAGAAAUAAUUUUUAUCACAUGUACUGUAAUCAAUGACUAAUCGAUGGAUAAUCAUUAGAUAAUCAAUGAGUAAUCGAACACAUCAAUAAUUAUUCAUUGAUGACAUCAAUGAGUAAUCGAUAGACCAGAAAAUUUUUGGCCAUCCAUUAAGUCAUCAAUUACCAAUUUGCAGGUCAUAGCGAAUAAUCAAUGACUAAUCAGUUGAUUACCCAAUGAUUACUCAUUGAUAACUCAUUGAUGUCAUUCAUCAUCGAUUAGUUGCAUCUGGUACUUAUCACAACACAACCCUCUAAUUAACCAAAUGUUAUAAUAUUAUUAUAAUAAAAGAGGGCCGAAAGAAACUGUAACUACGUAGUAUGGGCCCAUGGGACCCCAAUUAUUGGCCAAUUCCUAGCAUACCAUAUUUCCUCUAAUAGUAGCCGUCCCUCAGUUAAUCUCCUCUCUCGAAUAAUUGCCCUCCUUUAACAGAAAUGUUUAGAAUAAUCGCAUUCCUCAAGUAAUAUAAUUGCCCUCGCCCACUCCUAUAAUCGCCAUCUUCUGGCAUCUGAUCCAACAAAACUGAUUGGCGAAUCAAGCUCUGAUGACGAGGAUAUUGACAUUGAAAAUUGAUCAAGGAACCAAAUUUGGAACACUUUAAAAGCCCGUUUCAAGGUCGUGAUCAGGAAAAUAAUACAAAACAUUUAGGACAUGGCUUCCAGAGAGCAAUAUUUGAAAUAAUUAAUUGCCUCCCUCAAAUAAUCGCCUCUAUAUUAAUUUAGCCUUAACUACAAGCAUCCACUGUGGGAGAACUUCCUGUAAUGGCUUAUAUGGCCUAAAAAUGGCAUGUAUUUUAGGUUUUGGGUGUAAAAGAAUAUGGGUAUUGGGAAAUCUGUCAUCUAGGUAAAUGGCGUUUAUAAUGUAACAUUUUUAGGUUGAUACUCUCCUGUAGUAUUAUUCAUUAAUGAGCUUUAUAUUUCAUUUGGAGAGUUUAGGAAAGGGAUGCAGUGUUCUUAAUAAGUAGUUAAUAAUAAAUAAAAAUACAGAUAUAAAAAUGAAUCAAGAAAUAGAUAAAUAAUAAGGAUUUGGAGGUAGUACUUCCACAAAUUACUGGUUCUUCAUCUGCUAUUCCUGAUCAUUUUGGAGUUUUGAAUUUUAGACUUCGAGAAGAAGGGAAAACUGGACUACAAGGAGAAAAAUGUCUAGCAGUGGAAAGGAAACCAACAACAAAAUCAACCCAUAAAUAAAGCACUGCCCUGGCACCCUUUCUCUUCAAGGGAGAAAGGGGUACCAUUUUUCAGUGGAAGGUGUUUGAAAGGGCAUUAUCUCUAUUACAGUUUGGUACUAUUAUUGUCUUUUGCUUGGUAAACACCCUCACAACCAUAUUUAUAAAGUGUAGUCACUCUCUUUUAAAAACAUAAUAUAUCUGAAGAAAAGCAGGAUACUUGGUGUAUAAACAAGGUCAAACGCACUGCAUUUUCUCAAAGGCUAGCUAGGGUACUAUCCUGUAUAUAAAUUAUGUAGGUGAACUGGUGCAACUGUAAAAUGGUUGCACCAUGUGGUGAGCAAAGGAUAGACAUUCACUCCAUGCAUAAUGUGAUCACAAUAUUUAACAAUUAUUUCCUGAGCCUGAAUGGGCUCUGAGUCAAUAGCCCAUGAGGCUGAAGGCCAAAUGGGCUAUUGACUCAGAGGCCAUGGGGGCAAGAGGAAUAAUAAAUUGUUUUAGUAAAAUCCAACUAGUUGGUCAAAAAUAUUGAGAAUAAAAAAUUUUUUAGCUACUUAAAGCUAGACUUUAAUCCUUUUUUGCUGCCAAAAAGCCCGCGCUUUUCGCUACUAGUGGGCUAUAAAAUAUAGCCUAGUAGUAGCUCAACCAAUCAGAACACAGCAUUGAUAAUAGACCACUAGUUGGAUUUUACUAAAAUUAAUUUUAUUAUUUCUUAGGCAAGUGACCUACCUACCACUCAGCAGUUAAUGCCCCCCACAGCUGUACAGGCACCUUCACAGACAGUACCUCAAGGGGCACAGACAGUGGUGCAACCUUUACAAACCUUGUACCAGCCUCUUCAGGCAGUGCUUCAUCCUCAGCAAACAAUUCUUCCUCCUCCACAACCAAUGCCCCAGCCACCACAAACUGUACCCCAGCCCCCACAUGCACUUCAGCCACAGCAGGCUCCACAGGUGCUACUGCAGCCACCUCAAACAGUUCUUCAGCCUCCCCCAGCUAUACUUCAGCCUCCACAGGCAGUACUUCAGCACCCAUCGGUACUCGUCCCUCAACCACCCAAGCCUGGUUUAAGUGAGAACAACCCGCCACCUUCUUCAUUUGUCCAAUUUUCUACAUUUCCAAACACCUUUUCAUCUCCAGUGUUGAACAGUGCCCUACAAGCACCCAUUCAGCAGGCCGUUUCGACUUCCAUGGCAAAUACUAAUUCCCAGACAUCCACCAUGAGCUUGCUUAAUGCUCUGCAUGAUGAAAAGUUAGGUUUGCUCUUGCCUGUAAUUGUGAGAAUGGAACACAAAAUGGAUCAACUCAUGGCUAUGAUGGGUCAAAUGGGAAGCCAACUAAAUUCCAUUAUCAUGGGAAACCAAUCAAAUGUUUCGUUGACUGGACGACAUGCAAAUACGGGGAUUAUAGGAAGCCAAUCAAAUGCUCCAGUCAUGGGAAACCAGUCAAAUGCCGCUACGGUAGGAAAACAAUCAAAUGCGGUAGUGAUGGGAAAACAAUCAAAUGCUGAAGUGGUGAGGAACCAAUCAAAUCUCGCCAUAACAGGGAGCCAAUCAGAUGGGACUACAACCGGGAACCAACCAAAUACUGCUAUGGUUGGUAGCCAAUCAAAUGCCACAGUAACGGGAACUCAAAAUAGUACUGCAUUGAAUAUUAAUGACCCAGUGAACAGUCAUUUAGGGUCAAAUAAUAAUGUGGACCUGACUCCAUCAAAUGCACGACAGGCUAACUCCGUAACUAUCGAGGCGCAGGCAAUUUACACGAUGGACAGACCUCAAUCAAAUGUUCCUAGCAACGAAACAUCGAGCGUCUUAAAUGAAUCGCCUACCCACAUACAGACCAGAAGUCAACGAAACAAAGACAAAACGGGUAGUUCAAAUUUACCAGCCUUUUACAUGUCAAAGGAAUAUCUCACGGCUUUGAAAACAAAAUCCACCUCCGCUAAGAAUUUCGCCGUGCGGCUAAUGCGAGAGCUGUUUACGAAGGUGGAACUUGAGGGAAAGAAUAUUUCAGGAUCCCGAGGGAAAGAUCAAGUAGAUCCCGAAAGAAUAAAAACGAUUAAAGAACUUGUCUUUAAGAUGUACAACACGUUACCCGAGGACAUGGAUUUAGAAUGGAGAAAUUGUCGGAAAGCUAUGGACUCGUUUUUGCGCUCCAAGAAGCAUAGAGAACUUGGAGAACAGCGCGCGCAACAAAAUGCUGAAUUGUUGAACUCGUUGUCAAUGGGUACUCUUAACAGCGAGCAGACUGACGAGUAA